AUGAAUUUUUCAUUGAAAUAAAGAAGAACUCAGUCAUCGGAACCUUUGUUUGAUGAGGAAGUAUUUGGAGAACUGAAAAAUGAAAAGGAUUUUGAGAUGAGAUUGCAACAAUUGAGUGAGAUACAACAUAUUCAUCAAAUGACUCAGAGUUCUGGAAUUUCUAUGUCUUCAGGUAGAAGCAAAGCUGGUAAACAUUAGAUGGUGGAGAGUUAUGCUUAUUUAAUUUAAGAGAUGGUGCAUAAUAAGGAAUUACAGUAAUUUUGUCACUAAUUUGGAUUCUCAAUACAGGAAUUGGAACAAUAUAGUUCUAUUGAAGAGAGACAGAAUUUUGUAAUAAGAGCAAUGUGUAAACACAUAAAGGAAUAGAUGCAAAGUUUGUUGUCUAAGGUUGAAUUAAGAAUGCAUUCGUAUAGAGUGGAUGAAUGGAAUGAAUUACAAAGAAUGAACAAACAGAACAUCAAUAUAUUUGAAUGGUUGAAUGUCAAAUCCAAAUAUGAGCAUUUGAGGAAGAAACUGCAAUAUGCUUUAAUUGAUAGUAUAACUGCAACUCAAGCCAAAUAGUAAUAGGAGAAAAGAAAUAGGACAUUCAGCUAGUCCAAUGCAUCACAGAUAAGCAGGACAAGUACGACAUGUGCUACAUCUACUAGAAGGAGGUAGUCAUCUAUUUCAGAAGUGAUCACAGUUAAUCCAAAAGUGUAAUUGGUGUCUCAGUAUAAGGACUUUAAGACACAAUGGAAUGAGGAUCUAGAGAAAUAGUACAGGUUGAAAGGAAGAUCACAUAAGGUUUUGGGAUUGUAUCCUGUUAUUUAGAAGGCCAUUUUAGAUAAUGUAGGGUAGAGUGUUUGGAAUCAACAGAGAGACAGGUUACUCACAAAAUAUACUGAAGGAGGGUGUUUAACAGAAGAAGAAGUCAAAUUCAUAGCCACUACUUCCUAAUUAUUGAAUAGUUGUUCAGAUAAGGAAUUUCUAUAGAAGACCAUAUCUCAUUUGGAUAAAAAUAUUAUAGAUGAAAUUGAAUUCAACAUAGCUGAAUGUAUAUUGGCAACAUAUACAAAUAUAUCCAAUGAAGUUAAAUCAAUUCGCUAAGUUUGGCUUAAAAAGAUUGGGGCAAAUCUCGAAUAGUAAGUGAAGGAUACUCAUUACAGUGUCUUGAGGAAGAUGUAAUUGCAGAAGAGUUAGAAGGAACUCGAGAAGGUUAAAGUGAAGAUGGUUACAGUAUUUAAAGAUUUGCAAAGGAAACAUUCAUUGAAGUUAUAAUAGGAAUUAGAUAAGGAUUGGUAUAUUUAAUAGCAGAAGGGUGUCAAUAAAGUUAUUCUGAAAUUCAAAGAGAAAUUAAUGAAAAAAGUUAAAAAGUAUAGAAAUGAAAAGAAUCUUGGGAUUACUCAUGAUUUUAUUACUAGGAAUAUUCCAAAAUAAGAAUCUCUGUUGUUUAAAAUCAAUAAAGAAAUGAAGUCGACGGAAUUCGUCUAACGGUUAUUUCAUCCUCCUUCAAAGUUAAUUGUUAAGAAUCCUGGGUCUCAAACUGAGAGAGCCAUUAAGGAGGAAUAAAAGUACAAAGUUAGAUCCUCCAGUACUAAAAGAUAGUCUGAGUUUAAGAGAUAUCUUAGUGGUGGUCCAUAGACAGAGAGACAGUUUGUUUCUAAGGCUUUGGUUGAUUAGAAUCAAUAGAAAAUUAGUGGACACAAGAAUCCUCAUGAAUGGAUUACUAGUGAAAUAGAAGUGACUGCAAUUAAUAAGAUUAAGGCAGCAAUUAAAGCCUAUCUUCAAAGAAAGAAGUAUUAGAAAUAGAAGCAAUUGAAAUAAGAGUAGGAGGAAUUAAAAAAGAAUGUAUUGGCAUCUUUUGUAAAGAAGAAUCCAGAAAGAAUCGAAAGGAUAGAAUUAGAAGUGAAUAAUGUUAUUAAAAGUUUGACUCUAAAUAAAUAAAAGAGUUAAUCAAGUAUUUAUUCUUCAAAAUAACGAAUACAAUCUGAUAUGAAAUUGAAGACUAGAAAGUUGUUUUAGGCUGCUAAAAAACGAUGUCUAAACAUUGCAAUUCAAUCAGGCUUUAUGUAUACAACUGAAGAUGCCAAUCAGAAGGACGAAUUAGGCAGAACUCCUCUUUCUUAUGCUGCUGAGAAUGGAGAUGAAGCCAUUUGCAAUUAUUUAUUAAAAAUUGGAAGCAAUAUCAAUAUUCCCAGUUUCGAUGGCAUGACUCCUAUGCAUUUUGUGUUUAAGAGCAAUUCAGUGUCUCUGAUUAUGAGAUUCAUCCAAUUGGGAGGCAAUUUGAACAAAAUGAAUACUGAUGGAUUGACUCCAGUGGCCUUUUGCAAUCACGAAACAUUAAAGAAGCUAAAUCUUAAUCAGAUGAUCUCUUCCUCUCUUAAAUUAGGAUCAUUUGACAAUCACUCGAUUUUGAAUAAGAAAUAUCCUCAACACUCCGAUAUAAUAGAAGCAUUGGAAUUUUCGGGUAAUUUCAGUAAAUUAUAAUGA